AUGGUAGACCUUCACUAUAAGCAAAUGAUGGAUUUGCCCUCUGUCAGGAAUACCAUAGAAAGCUUAAGAUACUUCUUAGACAAAAUGGAGAAACAUUUGAGGAGUUUGCAAGUAUUGCAUCAGGAUAUAGAACAAUAUGUAUUUGUUUCAAUGAUCAAGAGAAAGUUACCAGCAGAUGUGUUAUUACAGCUAGAGAUUCAGAAAGGAGCCGAGAACAAAUGGACCGUGACGAAACUCAGAAACUUAUUGAAGGAGUUCAUAACAGCAAAGGAGGCUUCGGAAAAGGAUACGGCGGUAGAUAGAAAGAGUGAGAGGCUGAAUGCACCAAUUAGGAAUCCAGGUUGGAAUAGUUCACAAAGGAGGAAUGGACACCAAAGAUUCAGACAGUCUAAUAAUGGAGCAACAGGGACAUCAUACAAAAGUUCUUAUUACAACGGAGCUCCCAACGGAACACUGUUGAGCAAUGAAAAACGUAACGAAAAGAGUUCGAAUCGAACUAAAUGCAGAUAUUGUAAUAACGCUCAUUGGAGCGAUGAAUGCGACGUAUUCAAAACUUUGGAGGAACGUAAACGCAAAAUUAAAGGGAGCUGUUAUAGGUGCCUUAAAGAAGGACAUAUGUCAAGUGAAUGUAAAUCGUCAAAGGCUUGUGUAUAUUGUGGAGAAGUGAAUGUUCACCACAGGAGCUUGUGUGAUAAAAGAUUUGCGGGCAAAAGGAAGGUGGAAGGUGUUCAUUUUUGUUCAGAUGAUGCAAUACAAAGCAAUUCUGAAACUGAAUGUACUACAGGAGAAGAAAGUGGACUUCUUUCUUAUAAUGAAAGUGUUCUUACGCAAACUGCAACUAGCGAAGUAAAGUCCCCGGAAAAGGAAAAUGGGGGAAGUGUUCGACUUUUGUUAGAUUCCAGUUCUCAUCGGACAUACGUGACGGAGCAUCUUGUUAAACGACUUGGACUGAAGGGAGACACCGAACAAGAGAUUCAACUGGUGACAUUUGGAACGGAGAACACUAAAACAAUAAGAACGAAAACUACAAAGCUCCAGCUGAAGAUAAAGGAUGGAAAAUUCAUGACUCUUACAGCAAACAUCGUGCCAGAUAUUACAGGAACAGUAAACCGGAAAACAACAACAUUUACAUCUACAAAGAAGUUCACAGACCUUACAAGAAAUUUGACUUUAGCGGAUACCAUUCCAAAGAAGGAUGAAAUAAUAACUAAAUAA